AUGGCCACUGCCGUCGCCACUCGAAGCUUCAGUAGAGCGUUCCAGCGAAGCACAGCGUCCGCUGCUACCUCAUCAACCAGAUUCACUGUUCGGCCAUCAAGGGCUAAUGCCGCCAAGCAGUUCUUCCAACAGUCGUCGCGUCGUCAAUACUCAUCUGGCCCAGCUCCCGCGAGAUCUAAGAACACACUCGUGCUUGUAGGAGCGGCCGCAGCAGCUGGUUUUGUCGUCGGAGGUCUUUAUGGGUAUAGCACUCAAGAAAAUCAGGCACAGGGACCAAUUCCGGAAGUCCACCUCAAGCAAGGAAGUGGAGGCCAGAGCGUGGGUGUUUUCAAGCCAACCGUCGAGGAUUACCAGAAGGUGUACGAUGCUGUGGCAAAACUGUUGUGGGAACAUGAUGAAUACGAGGAUGGUUCUUAUGGACCGGUAGUGUUGCGUCUUGCGUGGCAUUCAUCUGGCACAUAUGAUAAAGUGUCUGGGACCGGUGGUAGCAAUGGCGCAACAAUGCGAUUCAAGCCUGAGGGAGGUCAUGGUGCCAAUGCGGGUCUGAACGUCGCUCGCGAGUUCUUACAACCAAUCAAAGAACAAUUUCCAUGGAUCUCCUAUGGUGAUCUGUGGACUCUGGCUGGUGUUGUAGCCAUUCAGGAGAUGCAAGGCCCUACAGUCCCGUGGAGACCAGGACGACAGGAUCAGGACGAAUCUAUGUGCACUCCUGACGGUCGCUUGCCUGAUGCCGCUCAAGGCCAAGACCACAUUCGAAAUAUCUUUGGCAGGAUGGGUUUUGACGACCAGGAAAUGGUCGCCUUGUCUGGUGCUCACGCCUUAGGACGAUGCCACUCAACCCGCUCGGGUUUUGAAGGGCCAUGGACAUUCUCACCCACAGUCAUGACCAAUGAUUAUUAUCGUCUCCUCCUGGAGGAGAAGUGGGGAUGGAAAAGCUGGAACGGGCCCAAGCAAUACGAAGAUGCCAGCACCAAGUCUCUGAUGAUGCUGCCUACCGAUGUGGCACUGAUCAAAGAUCCUAUCUUCUUGACGCACGUCGAACGUUACGCCAAAGACAACGACUUGUUCUUCAAGGAUUUCUCCGAUGUUAUGGUCAAGCUAUUUGAGUUGGGUGUGCCGUUCAAGAGCCAGCCUGAGGAUCGGUACGUCUUCAAAGCUCAAGUCGACUCGGCAUGA